AUUAACCACAACCUCAAAUUGAAAUGUCAUUCAACUCGAAGUUCUCUCUUGUUAAUAUGGAAUUUAUAUAUAAAGCACUCUUCAAAGACAAAAUAUCAAAUUUUAUGGACAUCUGGUAUAAGUUAUAACAAAUCAUUUUCCAUGUAUAAGAGGCUAUGCUUUAGCACCAUAACCAUGACCAUGACUCAAUACCCGUUACGAUCGAGACGGUUUGCUCCUCUCAGAGAGGUUGCCGGUGGACAGCAUCAUGACUUGCCAAAGUUGCACGGGUUAAUAUUCGAUGUGGACGGGACCCUGUGCCUGCCCCAAAACCACAUGUUCUCCGAAAUGCGCGCGGCCCUCCGCAUCCCCAAGCACGUCGACAUCCUGGAGCACAUCUACUCCCUCCCGACGCGCGCGCAGCAGGACGCGGCCAUGGCCUCGGUCCGCGCCAUCGAGCAGCGCACCAUGGCGUCGCAGAUCGCGCAGCCGGGCCUCGCGGACCUGAUGGCGUACCUCGACGCGCGGGGCGUCCGCAAGGGCAUCUGCACGCGGAACUUCGACACGCCCGUCUCCCACCUGCUGGGCAAGUUCCUCGCCGGCCACGUCUUCCACCCGAUCGUGACCAGGGACUUCCGCCCCCCGAAGCCCGAUCCCGCCGGCCUGCUGUACAUCGCGCGGAGCUGGGGCCUCGUGCGGGCCGUCGAGGGGCCGGGAGACGAGGGCGAGGUGCGGGAGGUGCUUAGCGAGGAGAGCAGUGGGAGUAGUAGCGCGCGGGAGAAGGAAGCUGCGGUUGGACGGCGGGGAGAACAAAUCAGUGAGGUGGGUGAUGCGUCGGGGCUGAUAAUGGUGGGCGACUCCAUCGACGACAUGACGGCCGGAAGACGGGCCGGCGCGGCUACGGUAUUGCUUGUGAAUGAUGUGAACGCGCAUCUGGCUGAGCACGAGCAUACCGAUAUGGUGAUCGAGAGGUUGGACGAUCUGAUCCAGGUAUUGGAUCAUGGCUUCGUGGGUAGGGAGUUACCUCAUAACCUGUAGCUCUAAGGCUUAUGAAGGAUGAUGUAGGGUAAGACGGCUUCAGAUGCUGUGAUAGUUAUAGGCUUACCUUCGUAUCCCGGAAUAAGAAAUACUAUAUGUCAUACAAAACCAUGAGAGUAAAAAACAAAACCUGUUAGCCAUGUAAAUGUGAA